AUGAAUUCUUUAUAUGAACUCGAUCCUAAAUGGAAGAAGCUAUUGAAAACAGACAAUUUUCUGGGCGGAUUAACGGUCAAUGAAUUCGUCCAGGAAUUGAGCAAAGACCAUCGUAAUGACGUGUUAGUUGAUACGAACACGAAAAAUCUUACAACUAAUGAAAAAGAUCAGGAUGCAAUUAGAGAGGCUAUCUGGAAGCAAUUAGAUCCGAAACCGUACAUUAGAACUUUUGAAUCUACCUUGAAGGAACUGAAAAACUUAAAUGAGGAAACAUUAAAUAAAAGACAGUAUUAUUCCGAACAAGUCGCUAGUCAAGAAGUCAUACAUUCAGAAAAUGUCAUAAAAUUAUCUAAAAAUUUGCACACAACUUUACUCACUUUUGACAAACUAGAUGAUCGUUUGACAAAUGUUACUCAAGUUGUUUCACCAUUGGGUGAUAAAUUAGAAACAGCAAUCAAGAAGAAACAAAACUAUAUUCAAAGUGUAGAAUUGAUUCGUAGGUACAACGACUUCUAUUCCAUGGGAAAAUCGGAUAUAAUUGAACAAUCAAGGCUGUCUAAAAAUUGGAAGUUAAAUUUGAAGUCUGUGAAAUUAAUGAAGAAUCUACUAAUAUUAUCAUCCAAACUGGAGACAAGUUCAAUACCAAGAACGAUUAACACAAAGUUGGUUAUUGAAAAAUACUCUGAAAUGAUGGAAAAUGAGCUGUUAGAGAAUUUUAAUUCAGCCUAUAGAGAGAAUAAUUUUACUAAAUUAAAUGAAAUUGCCAUAAUUCUCAACAAUUUUAAUGGCGGUGUUAAUGUCAUUCAAAGCUUCAUCAACCAGCACGACUAUUUCAUUGAUACCAAACAGAUUGACUUGGAGAAUGAAUUUGAGAAUGUUUUCAUAAAGAAUGUGAAGUUUAAAGAAGAGCUGAUUGAUUUUGAAAACCACAGUGUUAUUGUUGAAACAUUCAUGCAACGUUUAAUUAAUGAUGUGGAAACUGUAAUAAAAAAUGAAUCCAAGAUUGUUAAAAGGGUCUUUGAAGAAAAGGCUACUCAUGUGAUACAGCUGUUUAUUCAAAGAGUUUUUGCUCAAAAGAUUGAACCAAGAUUUGUAGUUUUAUUGAGGAAUUCUCUCUCAAUCUCAAAUUUGGCUUACGUAAGAAUAUUACAUGGACUUUUUACUUUAUUUGGUAAGUUCACUAAAAGUUUAAAUGAUUAUUUUCAACUACUGGAAAUUGACGAUAGCAAUCAAGUUUUAUCAACAACCUUGGAACAAUGCUUUGCUGAUUUGUUUUCUCAUUAUCUAUAUGAUAGGUCUAAAUAUUUUGGUAUUGAGAAAAGAUCUUUAGAAACGAUCCUAGUGGAAAUGACAUCCAAGUUCACUGUCAACUAUGAUAAGGAAAUCAACAAGAGGAUUCUAUUAGAGAAGUAUAAAGAGAAACUAUCAACCAACGUGGAUGCAUUCAUGCAUUCUCCCAGAGGAAAUACACACUCUCGUCAAGAUUCAACAUCAAGAAGUAAAUUAUCACAGUUUAAUUCCUUUUUGAAAACUCACUUAGAUAAAGAUCAUUUGAGUCUAAACCGUACAAAUACUUUGAGCGAUUCUUUUAACAAUAGCUCUUCUUCUACACAGUAUGAUGUAACAAACAACUCUUCAAGUUUGAUAAAUUCAAAUAUUAUAACAAGCGAUAUUGAUAACAGUCCAAACAGUCCGGCGAAUUAUUCUUUGAACGAUGUCGAUUCUAUGUUAAAAUGUGUAGUGGAGUCUACCGCAAGAGUGAUGGAACUAAUUCCAAAUAAGGCGCAUCUAUACAUUCUAGAAAUAUUAAGAAUAAUGUUUUUAGGAAUUGUUGAUUCGUACAUGGAAAUUGCAUUAGAAGUUGCCUACUGGAAAGUUUGUAAAGUUGAUAUUAACAAGACAGCGGGAGUGGUAAACCUGAAUUUCUUAAAAUUUAUCUCAAUGAGCACGGAGAUAUUGGAUUUAUUGUCGAUUUCUAUCAAAUCCAUUUUCUUACCAUUAUUAAAUAAUUCACCAGAAAUCAAAGCACAAAUUAUUGAGAUGACAAAUUCACAAAUUCAAAAGAUGGAGAUACUGAUCAAUAUAAUCUUACAAGAGACCAUUACAGUGAUUUCAACUAAAUUUUCCACAAUUUUGUGUAAGCAAAAGAAGAAGGAUUUUGUGCCAAAAUCUCAAGAGCUAUUGGAUCAGGAUACCUUACCGGCAAUUGAAAUUGUCAAUAUUUUAAACUUAAUCUUUGAACAAUCUUCGAAGUUUCUCAAAGGAAAAAAUUUACAAACAUUUUUAACAUUAAUUGGGGAAGAGUUGUACAGUUUACUACUGUCGCAUUAUUCACACUUCCAAGUAAAUUCCGUGGGCGGUGUUGUAGUUACAAAGGAUAUUAUAGGCUACCAGACCGCGAUAGAAGAAUGGGGGGUGGCAAACUUGAUAGACAAAUUCGCUACUCUGAGAGAACUCGCGAAUCUAUUUACCGUUCAACCUGAAUUAUUAGAAUCACUAACCAAAGAGGGUCAUUUAGCAGAUAUUGGAAGAGAUAUUAUCCAAAGCUACAUUUCCAACAGAGAGGACUUCAACCACGACAAUUUCAUCAAUAGCGUUAAAUUGAAUUUUAGAUAA